AUGGUGGAAAGAUUAUCCAAUCUAGAGAAUGCCCUUACAUAUAACGUUCGAACGUUUCUAAGAGCGCAUUUUUCAACUGAGAAAAUAAGGCAAGCUUCUUUUUGUUCUUCAUUAGUGACAUGUCUUGUCGAUGCAUCCGUUGUCACUUUUUCCAUAUUCACUCCUCAAUUUAUUAAGCACCUUAACUAUGAUCAGGUAGAUAUCAACAUUAUUGGUGGGGCCAUGAAUAUUGGCUUAUAUCUAACGCUUCCUGCUUUAGGUUAUUUGAGCGAUGCUCAUGGACCGAUGUUAUUGGCUUUAAUCGGAAUGGUUCUUUGUCCUGGGUAUAUUUUAGCCGCAUGGUGCUAUCAUGCACAGUUCACUGCCUUCAUUAUGGCCAUUGCAUUUUUCCUUAUUGGAACGGGAACAUCAUCCGCAUAUUUUUGUUCUCUUCUUACUUGUGCAAAGAUAUAUCCUGACAGAAAGGGUCUAGGUAUAUCUCUUCCAGUGACCUGUUAUGGAGUAUCAUCCCUCAUACUCUCGUAUAUCUUUCAACUUUCUGUUUUUCGUGUGGACACUGUUGAUUCAGAUUCUCACCUUAGUGUCUACAAGGUGUUCAUAUUCUUAAGUGUUGUGUAUCUAUUGACCGGUGUUGUUAACUCUAUUUCAUCCGUUAUCGUUACUAUCGAGAAAGAAACUGUGUUCGAAGCACUUGUUUCCGGAGAACAGGUUGCAACCGCUGCUCAGCAAGGUGAAAUUACCGAAGUAUCACCAAUGAAUGCUGCUGAGAGGGUUGCUUCGUAUAAUUCGGUGGAGGAUACAGGUUCCCUCAUUAAUUCAGAAUUUAUGGAACCACAAUCGCACGAGGUCCGAUUUGCCAAAUUUCUCAGAGACCCAACUAUGCCCUUAGUUUACAUUUGUCUAUUCUUUUUGGCGGGUACCGAGGAACUUUUUGUAGCAAAUCUGGGUUCCUUAACCGAAAUUGUUGGAAGUAAGGGGAAGAAAAGCAUCUCUGACCAAGUGGCAUUGUUCAGCAUAUUCUCCACAAUCACCAGAUUAGGUGCGGGCUUUUUGAAUGACGCCUUUGGAACAUGCAAAGCUACUAUCAGACUGAUAUUAAUAUCCAUAGCUCUAUGCAUUAUAUCUUAUGCUAUGGUAGCGGUCAAUGUCAAUGACUUCGGUAUUAUCAGUUCAUUGAUGGGUGUCUGCUAUGGUUCUACAUACACGCUUUUCCCCACUUUAGUUGCGAGUGUUUGGGGUGUUGAUCUUAUGGGUUCAACCUGGGGCUUGUUUCUUUCCGCUCCCGCUUUUGGUGAUUUAAUAUUCGGUCUCUUUUAUGCAUACGAGUUUGAUCGCUAUUGUGUGGUCGCAACGGCCACUAUAAGCAACUUUGUUUACUGUCUCACGACACCGUUCUUGGUGUUUGGUGUACUAGCGUUGGUUAGUGGUAUCUUUUUGUACUAUUGCUACAGAAGAUACUGGACCGGAAAACUUUCGAAUUAG